AUGGACGAGACCUCUUUUGAUAGCGUGCCAGAUCAUACGGCUGCUGGCGAGGACGAUGCCCCAGUCGAAGAAGAAGAUAAUAAUGAUCAAGCGAAAUGCUUUUCUCAGGUACAAAGCAAGAGGUUCUGGGCACCGCUGCUCCCAUCCACCUGUCGAUUAUGCCCUUCCAUGGACUUGGUUGUCUUGGGGAUGCAACCCGCCAACAGCGAGUCUGUAUUGACGGCUGCCUCGUUGUGGCUUCAUCGGACAGUAUCCUGGCAGCGUCUAUCCACAUUGACCAACAAUUUCGAUGGACAAGAUACGGAUGAUCAAGGGGUGAGCCAUGUGGAAUGGAGCUCCGAUGGACGAACAUUUGCCUUGGCAUUGACCAAUGGAACGGUUGUGCUCUAUCAGGUCGAAGCCAUGGUGUCAUCCACGUCAUCCAUGUCGGGAGAAUCCGCUUCUCCAGGAUUGCUAUGUGCCGUACCAGUCGCAAAAGAGGGAAUCGUGGGCUUAAAAUGGGCAGUGGGACGAUCGCAUCCUGGGUGGAAAUUGAGUUUGGCGGAGGAAGAAGAGGCAGUCUCCUGGAGCUAUCGCUGCAAAUUUUUGGAUAAGGCUUCCGAUCUGCUACCCCCGAGUGAGCACCAAAAACUAUACCGACAACCAACAGAAGUUAAUCACGGAGCAGAAGUCAACAAUUCGCAGUACAGCGCUCUUCCGACCUGCAAGACUCCAUUGAGUCUUUUGUGUGUCGCCACCAAGGGAAAGGGACUACACAUCUAUCUCCAUGGACGCUAUCGACUCCUCACUCUACCAAUGAUGGCGCAGAGAAAUGUCGAAGUUGUAUGCUCUCCCGAUCUAAGUCACUUGCUGGUACAUCAAGAGAAGAGCAUGAAUCUUAGCCUAUUCUCGAUACCAUCAUUAUCCAAACAAAAACACAAUCUACAAAUCAUUAGUUCCCUCUACUGCUCCAUCACAUCGCACUUGGAAGCCCUGCAAAAGCACGUGCCAGAAAUCCUAGCCUCGUGGAAAGUCUCCAUUAAACCAUUGGAUACCAAGAUCGAAGCACUGGUACGUUUGCUGAAAGAUUACGGCGUGGAACCUGACCUGCGCCAGAUAUUGAGGCAGUACAUCUUGAUUGGGAGUACCUCUGCCUCCGAAGAAAUGAGCAAUGCCAUCGAACAGUUUUUUAAUGGCGUCCAAAUGAACGACCAGCUUGUCACACGCAUGGAACGAUCGCUGCAAGCUGCCAUUGCCAACGUUGAGACCACCGCUCGGUCUUUCCUAUUGGGCCCUUCGAGAGCACUUGCCUUUCAUGCGGGCGAACUGUUGGGUUUGGCUCGAUUUGCACCUUCGCUAUUGUCGCCCGAAGCAGCCAAACGGAAUUUGGAUCUCUGUGGGGUCCUAUUGACGACUGCCGAAUUUACCAUGACAAAGAUAGUCGAGGCUCGCUUCCGACUGCGUGAUUUCAUCGCCUGGUUGCGUGCCAAGGGCUCCGAGGUGAAGGCUAAAGGAACGGCACCAAAUUCAGCACAAUCUGAAAACGCCAAAAAGCGACGUGUGCCUCAGGCGACUGUGGAGAAAAUGCUCUCGUAUCUGCGCUCCGAAAACUACCAGUCUAGCAGCGUCGUCGAAAGGCUAUUGGGCAUUCCCUUGACGGAAUUGCUUCAAGACGAGGCAAAAUUUGUCUACUCGUGCCCCGUUUCCUCCACCGAAGCGUCUCGGGACAAUGGUGUGGAUGCUACGUACGAACGAAGUACACCUACAGUUCUCUAUGCCACAAAGGAGACGGAAAACGCUGUUGUGGCAGUCUUUGAAACCCCCAGGACAGUCAUGGCCAAGUCUAUUUGGAGAUUGGACUUGUUCUUACCGGUAGAACGAAAAACCGAGUUCCUCCCUGUUGCAAUACACUCGCGAAUGGGUAGGGAUCAACCCAAGCCCGAGUUCGACUUUGACAGCGAAGAUGUUGCUGACGAAGGCUUCUUUUCGCCUACGGUUCUCGAGUCCUCGAAAGUCAAUGUACCGCAUUUUUAUUGUCGACAAUGGUCUAUCAUUGCAAAGACGACCCCACCCUCGGCUGCGUCGAAUGAGAACUACACGGUGAAAUUGUACAUGAUUCCCCAUGGCUGGUCCGAUUCCACCGAUGGUUUGGAUGACCUUCUUGCGUUCACGAACUUUGAUGUUGAAGAGGAGGACUUACUCCAAGAGUGUGGGCUGCCGUUUUAUCUCACCACGGAAAUCGUACUUCCUGAGGGGCGCCGAAUUCUUGACUUGGCUUUCUAUGGAGAUGAUGGGAAGAGCAAUCUGACAUCAGGCGUGGAUAGUGGUCCUGGACGUGAGCGACGUCAGGCUCUUGGGUUACUCCUAGCGAGCAACCAGGCAGUGACAUCUGCGCAGGAGAAGUCUAUCGAGUUGUGGCUUAUUGAAUAUGACUCGUUGAAGUACCAAGCCGUUGCGGCCAAGAAAGACAGCAAGCAGAUCUUUCUCGAUGACGGCGAAAUCCAAAGUGAAUGCAGAGUCAUUGCCAAGGCCCAAGGUUCGGAGGAAAUUGAAGAGGAAGAAGGAGUUGUCUUUGCAAAGGCCCGCCAAGUUGGCUCGAUUAGUUCCUCAGCAUCGCUCCACGGAAGUUCAGCUCGGCUCAUGCUGAGCGGAUCAAGAGGAAUCGGAGGCAUCAUUACCACUCCACAGGGUGUGACUACACUCGAGCUUUUUGAUCUGGAGGAAGACGAGGAGCCUGAAUCGGAAGAUGGUUCAGAGGCCCAGCCGAUGGAUGCGUGAGCUUCAUCAGAUUGAUCUGAUCCGUUCUAGACGACGACAUUUCGUGUUAUGCUGUGGCAUACGAAUGUAUAUUACAAUAACGUCUCAUGAAGUUAGUACAACCGAUUCGAUUCAAUCGUCCACAAUCUACAGUUAUUUUCAAGGGCCGAACAAUAAUCCUUUGUACAUGUAUGUUUGUCGCGUUUAAAGUUCUUCUCGGGUUGAGUGCUGCUCGGUAGAUCCUGUUUCUUCUGAAGGUGGCACUUCUUCAGUGCUUGGAACAGUUUGAGGAUCCUCAACCACGGGCUCACUUGCAGUUGCCGCUUCCUCUGUGGUUGCAGUAGCUUCCUCUGUUGUGCUUGUUGCCUCGGUGGCAGGUUCCUCUACAUUCGCAGUUUCCUCCGCCACUUCCUCGUUGGCCGGUUCGUCAAUUGUUGUUGGUUCCUCAUUCGUCGUGUUUGCAGUUUCUUCCACCGCAGGCUCAUCAGGAACUACAGUGGCUUCUUCCAGGGGAACUUCCCGGUCAGUUGCGGCAGUUUCUUCCGCUACUUCUUCACUGGAAGGUUCCUUUUCUGUUGCAGUGCUAGUAGUAGCAGCCGUAUCCUCCUCGCUGGGAGCACUUUCUUCUGUUGUGGUAUCACUCGUAGAUGUUUCUUUGGGUUUAUCAUCGGUUGUUGGUUUGGCAGGCUGCUCCUUGGACUCUGAUUUGAUUGUUGUGGUUGUUGUCGUGACCGGUUUUGUGUCAGUCUCGACAUCAUCUUUUCCCCCUUGUCCGAGCGUGACAAUCUUGACGAGCAUUCCGUAUACUCCUUUCCAGUUAACCAAUCCCUCCCCUGCAGAUGGAAAUCGUUCCUCCAGUCCAAGUCGAAAGCUCUCCCCAUUUUCCAUAGGCUAGUACCACCACAAUUUUAUUGUUGGUUGUUGUGUUGUUGUUCGAACGAUGA